CAUCGUUAAAAAAUUCAACUAAAAAAGUUCAACUCAAAUAUUUUCAACGUCCCUAAAUUCAGUCCGCCAAAGUCACGAUCAAAAUUCACUGUACGAAAUUCAGUGUUAACAACCGGGGACCCAAGAAAGAGCAAUCGAUCCUAGAUGCUAGAUCGCGGUCAAACGAGUGGGCGCGUCAUUCUCGUUGGAUACCUGACUCUCACGCGGGAAGGCAAAACAGAUUUAGCCAUGUCCAACGGCAACAGCAGCAGUAAUGGUGCUUUGGUGAGUACAUUUUUCUAUAUAUAUAUGCCAUUAGUAUGGGUUGUUUCUGUAAGAUUCAGCAAUGGACAAUACAAACGGACACUUGUACAUAAGAAGGACGUUGAAUUGAAAAAUAGGGGUAGUUCGGAAUUUUGGGCAUAGGGCCUGAUUCCCAAGUUAGCCUUGGUGUUCUUUAUCAUUGGAGACUAGGCUAGCUAGGCUAGCGCAAGUCAACGGGCAUAUUUUGAUGCUGGUUUAUAACGUCUUUAUUGAAGAUUUCAGGGGUACAGUUGUAACAGUCAGGUUUCUAAUAUGUAGCGCCACCGCGCCUCCCUCUUUUGUUUGGUUAGACGAGAUAAAGUGGAGUGAAGAAGUGCGUGCUCUUCCGCUCUGCUAGAAUAAACAGCAGUAUACGAUCGAAGUCUCCCUUUUUUAUAUGAGUUAUUUAGUAACUGAUUUGUUGUAGGCAGGAAUCCCAGACUUUCCACCAGUGUUAAAUAUAUAUAGUGCCGUGGAGACCUGGCGUGGUAUGGUCAAAAGAUUAUAGUAUACUAAAAGUACCGUGAGGAGAAUCAUCAUAUUUUUUUUCUCUUUCUCUUAGGAAAUACUGCUUAAUCACCUGUUAGAAAGAAUGUUCUCGAUUGGAACAUAUUCUGGGUCGCAUGCCUCUGGAUCUGGACUACUUAGAGUUCACUUGCACACAAGAACUUGUGUUUUUAAAUGCUGCAUCCUCUGAAAUUGCUGUUUGUCCAUCAAUUUUAGAUGCACUAACACAGCUAUACAGUGAAAUCAAUUUAGAAAAAGACAAAAGGAAGCAACAUGUUUCAGUUUUGCAGUUUGAGGAAGGGCCAGCUGGGCGCCAGCGAAUGGUCAUAUCCCCAGACUACCUUCGCCAACUUCUCGAACUUAAUCCGUCGGUCCCUUGUAUUGCCAAACUCUUGGGGAUGUAUAGAAGGACAGUAUACCGGCGCAUGGCUGAGUAUGAUCUCUCAGUAAAGGCACUAUACAGCACCAUGUCAGAUGCAGAGCUGGACCAGUGUGUGAGAGAGAUUAAAUCCCGACAGCCUCACUCUGGAUACAGAAUGGUGAAGGGACUUCUGCAAGCCAGAGGACUGAGGGUGCAGUAUAACCUUGUCCGAGCAUCCAUGCACCGUGUUGACACCACUGGUGUCAUCUCCCGAAAGGUCCAUUUAGGAUGUAUUGCUCGACGGACCUAUUCAGUUCCAGGUCCCCAGUCGUUGAUUCAUAUCGACACAAACCAUAAAUUGAUUCGCUACAACAUUGUUAUCUUUGGCGGCAUUGAUGGAUUUUCCCGUAAGAUAAUGUAUCUUGGUGCAGCCUCCAACAACCUAGCAUCAACUACCCUGGCUUUCUUCCAACAAUCUGUUGAGAAGUUUGGGUUUCCUCUCAGGGUACAUGGUGAUCAUGGGGUGGAAAACGUGGAUGUUUCACGACUCAUGUUUACAGUCCGUGGAACUGGGAGGAGCAGCUUUAUAUCUGGGAAGAGUGUUCACAACCAAAGGAUUGAGCGGCUGUGGAGAGACCUGGUAUGGACAUUCCAGAAAUUGAGUGUGAAAACAGUGGACUUCCCCGUGAUGACCAAUCAGGCAUCAUUGUCCCAGAAACAGAUUGAUGACCAAAUGACAUCUUUGGGACAUGCAGUUAACCCAAGAGCUGCAUCCCAGUCCUUUGGCUGUGAUAUUUACAUUGCCACUGUUCAGUUUUGUGAACGAUUUCUUUCCCUGUGAAAGAACUGAAUUGAGAUUUGCAUAGAGACAUAAACCCACUCAAACUGGCAGUUUUGACUGAUCUGUUUGACAGUAACCAUAGGGCAAAACAUUCAGGAUUUCCAAAGGCCAUAUUAAAACGUGAAACUUAACUAUUUGAAACGACAGUCUAACCAUAGGGCUCGACAUUCAGGAUUUCCAACGGUCAUAUUAAAACGUGAAAGGUAACGAUCUGAAACGACAUUCUAACCAUAGGGCUCAACAUUCAGGAUUUCCAAAGGCCAUAUUAAAACGUGAAAGGUAACUAUCUGAAACGACAGUCUAACCAUAGGGCUCGACAUUCAGGAUUUCCAACGGCCAUAUUAAAACGUGAAAGGUAACUAUCUGAAACGACAGUCUAACCAUAGGGCUCAACAUUCAGGAUUUCCAACAGCCAUAUUAAAACGUGAAACUUAACUGUCUGAAAUGUUCAAACAAAACUCAAAAAAGCAUAACUGGUGGAUAAUGUAACAUUCAAAAUCGAAUAAUAUCUCAGUGCCCAAAAUGUAACAACUUUACAUUAUAGAGUGAGUCAAUAAUUGGAAAAAUUAUUAAGCUAAUGGCUUCAAUGUAGAGUGUAGUACAAAACCCUAUAAUGUAAUACAAAGAAAAAUGUCAAAUUUAAAAAAGGCUGUAAGUAUCAGCAAAUAUUGAAGGGAUAAUCCAAAAGCUCCUUGUGAAAGUCUUUGUUCACACCAGACCAAAUCCUGUUUGGCAUGAUGAAAUGCUGGCCAGAACAUCAGUUUGGAAAGAUGUAUAAUCUUUGUAAUGCCCUGGGACCCGCAAGGCCUCAGAGCAGGUGGAGGCUGUGGGGUAUCUGCCAGUGACUACAGAGAGGCUCCUUGGAAGGAUCUCCCAUCCAGUCUAAAAUUUGACCAGAUCAGCCAAUUCGGUUGGUGUAGCUAUGGAGGAGAUUAAGCAAUGAAAUUCACCAAAAAAAUCGAAAUUAGCUCAAAACAGCAACAUUACAAUGAAAAACCAUUCACCUAAAUGUGAGGUAAAUACUAAACAUUUAUGUAGCCAAAUAACAUUUUAAUAGUACUUUCAAAUGCAUUGUGUAACCUACCAUGAGCAAUGAACUGUCGAAGAUAGCCUGUAAUUCAGCAUAUCGUGGCGACUGAAUAAUAUGCGUCUUUGUCGUCCUCACGGGGCCAAGUGAUUCGCUGAAGAAGUACCUUAAUUGAAAAAUCCAGGGUUACGACACAAUUUUAUCAAUGAAUGUUCAAAAGUUGUUCAUGAAAUUUAAAUAAUAUUAUACACCAUUUCAAUUACUUGAUAUCAAUAGUUUUUAAAAGGAAGCCCUAUCUAUCCAUUAAAGUGUGGAAUAAUAAGACUUACUCCGGGAGGAUGAGAAGAUGAGGACAAACAGCCAAAAACAGUGUUAAUAAUAACCUCAACAAUAAUUCUCCUCAACAUUCAUUUAAUUCCACAACAUUUCCAGGCCUUGAGAAUAGUUUUUCUAAUUGUAUGGCAUGACAUGAACAGUCAUGAAUUUCAUGACUGUGGGAACCUUGCAAUUCUUUAUCAUCAUUGUAUUGCAUAUCACUUUUGUGCUCUUUUGUAGGUCUUUGAUAAAACAUCACUAAUAAAAAUGUACCACAGGGUUUAUAUUCCCAAAUCCCUCUUUUGGGAGAAGCCUGUCCACUGUGUCAGGUCGUUUGGUCAGUACUGUCCACAUUGGGGUUUCUUUGAGACCUCGUCUGAGCCGUUUUAUUUGUCCCAUUCUCCCCGCCACCAUGAACAAGUCACUUUCGACAACAAAAUGAGAGGCUGAGGGGACGAAAUGGCCAGGCUCGCCUUCAAAAAGCCGUGUUACAUCUGCAUUUGCUGUUCAAGACAUAAAAAUACAUUAAAUAAAAACAUGUGUUAGUACUGUCGGCUGGACUGGAGACUCCCCCAUUACUAUCCCACCUGAAAUAAUCAUUAAACAAAAAGCAUUUACAAUGAUGCCGUACACCUAAAAUACAUAUCAAAAUGUAUGGAAAAUCCAGACUUCAGCUUUUCAAUGGACAAAAAAAAGCGAGUCACACCCUGGCAAAUAGCAGUAUCUCCUGUGAAACAGUUUGACAGAAUAAAGAUAAGGAAAUACUUGAAAUUAUUAAUUUGACAACUGAAACUUGAUGUUGGAGCAACCUUCAAGUCUGCAGUUCAGGGGUCGUCCCUAUUACACAUUUGGCGGCUUGUAAAAGGAGAUCAGGGCCAUGUCCUGUUCGGUAGGACUACUUCUUAUGUCCAUGCUUAGCUGUAAUGGAUUCUCCUCCUUGUGAAGGCUGAGUUCAUUCUCCACACACUGCGCUAUGGCCUUGGCGGGGUCAGCAAUGGUGAACCAGCCUAAUAAGAAAAAAAAUAUUAAAUGGGGCAGAGAGGGGAAUGGCGUUCAGAGAACACGGGCCUAAGCAUCCUCACCUCCAUCUCUAUCUCUAUCUCUUCCGGAUGUUCCAGGUAUUGCUGCUUCUUCCUCACUGAUCAUACUUGCAUGCAUCUCUUCAUUCCCUGCACUAGCCACAUACAAAUAUUUUGUAUUACACUUGCACAAAGAGUAAGACAAUUGUUGGUUAGAGAAAAAGGACAAACAAGUAAAUGGAUGCCUCUCCUCGCAGGCCGAAGCGUGUGCCUCAAUAAAAUCUGUUGGUAAGAUUUGUGUGCAAACAUUCCUGCAUAUCUGCUGUUGAGAAAUUGAAGUUACAAGCAAGAACAGUGUUAUUUUAGAACAAAAGGAUUCAGAAUUAUUUUGUUUUAAAAAUGCUAUAUAAUAUGCUAUCUUAGGGUGCACUCAAACUAGGCAUUCAUUCCGCCCAGAUAUUUAGAAGCAGAGUGAGUGCAUGACAGGCCUGGUCAGAUGGAGAGAGGUAAUAAUUCUUACUUUCUCUCUCUUCAAUGACUAUAUCAUCAAUGGAAGCGGAACUGGUAGUCCACACUUCUGACAGUCUGCUUUCGGCAUGUUCCUGAAAGACUUGUCAUCCAACUGUAGGGGACUUGUGCUCAGUUCUUCCUGAAUUGGGGCUAUGAAGAGAUUUUUGGCCCCACGACUUGCAAACUUUAGGAUCCUGCCUGAAUAGCCACUAUCUUCAGGAGGCACAAGCGUGGUUUUUCGGCAACCCCAUCCAGCUGUAGAAAAUAUGGCAUAGGAAAAUCUUUGAGUGAAAAAAGUCCAGUCUGAAGAGUUCACCUGUCUUUUUCACUUUUCAAACACAAAGUAAAUAAAAUAUUUAAAUUCAACAUAGAUAAUUUUAAUAAUACAUUUACAGAAUUGUGUUUGAAGAGUAUAUUUUGAUUAUUUGGGUACAAUCUGUAAGAAUGAAUUAAAAGUCUGCAUUGCAUAAUAUGCAGUUAGCUGCUGAAUAUGUACUUUUUUAAAUUAAUGAGCAAAACCAAACCACUUGUGUUGGCCUACCUGAAGCUUUAUAAACCAGCCACCCACCCGAAACAUUCCUCAGUUUGGGAAAAGGAAUGUUUAGGGCCUCACAUAACUGUAAGUAAAAAUUAUACAAAUGUAUUUAGGCUUUACACUCUGAAACAAGGAUAGCUUGGUUAAACCAGUGGCAAAAUCAAAAUCCAUUAAAGAAAACAAUAAAAAAAACAUGAAUAGAAUUUCUGGUGCCGUUAUUAGGGCUGUCCUCGACUCAGGAUUUCUCAGUCACAGAGAUAUUCGACUAUUCGACUACAGACAAUUGCAUUGGAAUUAGAUAUCAGUCUACAAAACCAGUUGACAUAUGGCCUUAAGGGUGAUCUUUGACAAAUGCCAUACUGCACGUUAAAGAGCCUCGAAGGAAUGCAGGCAGAGGAGAAUAAAUAUAUUUAUCUCAAACAUAUGAAUCCACUGUUUUUUGCUUUUGAUAUUUUCAGUUUAGUUUUGCAACCCGCUCAAGAAGACAAUCAAUGCCCACGCUCAAAAUGUUCUUCUAUAGUGUUUGACGACACACAUUAUUGCCGCCAACUGGCUUACAUCAUUUCAUCACUGUUUAGCUUUUAUCAAACUGAUGAUUCGAUUCAUCAUAUUGACUCUUUUGUUGAGAUUAGAGAGAGCAGCAGAGAGAGAGGUCAUGUUUCCCGAAGCUCCGCUAGGCAUUGGAAAAAACUACUUGAUUCAUCGUUCAGAUCUACUUUAUCUUAUUUUAUUUCAUGAUCAUAAUACCUAACAGUAUAUAGUUUGUUUUCGUCGUCCUCCAUCCACCUUUCCUAUCGCCAACAUGCCUCUGUACUCGGAUAUCUCAGGUACGGAGACUGGGAAAUGCACAGACUGCACCAAACUGCAACAGACGGUGGCUUUAUUUGAAACGAGACUAGCAGCAUUAGAAAAAUGCAAAGCACUCCUACAGGAUACAGUGCCGAUGGGUGAGUUUGCUGAGCUCACUCAGAUACAGCAAGAUGAUCAAAGCUACACUGUAUCCUUCCCGAAGCUGGACAAGAGAGAGACAGUUCCAGCUGCGUCUCACUGGCACAGAGUCGGCGUUAAGCCAAAACAACAUACCAAAAUGAAUCAACAAGAUCACUCAACGCCAAAUGCUAAACUACCCAAAGCUAAAGUUACAUGUAUCAGCCGGAUUAGACCGUCACUGAAAUUAACCCUGCCACUGAAGAACCGGUUCCUGCCACUUCAAGAGUCCACGAACGAGCCUGCCACCCAUGCACCCCUGAGCCCCGAGAUGCGUCCGGACGGACAGUGCGGACAGAGGGAUUACACUGAUCUAUUGGAUACACUGGACAAAAUACACAUCAACUCAUUCAUCAGUGGACCCAUACCAGCAGUUGACAGGGGAAUAAACAGAUUCAGUCGUCUACUUGCACUGAAUACAUGGCUUUCCAGAGUCUGCAAUGAAAGAGGAAGGGGCUUUAUUGACAAUUUCAACUUAUUCUGGGGGCGCAAAUAUCUUUUCAGAGCAGAUGGCCUACACCCAAACAGGUUAGGCUCAAAACUGUUGAGGGACAAUCUUCUCUUCUCGCUUUACGCACAGGCCACAAUCUUGCCAUGGUCUGACGCACAGGCCACAAUCAGAGUUGAGAAGAAGCGAGACUAC